AUGGUAGAGUGGCGGAAAGUGAUGAAUAUUGACGACAGUUUGCUGUGGCAAGACGAAGGAGCCAUCGAGUCACCAUACGCCGAGAUGCAAGAAGUUAAAGAAUUCACGCGGGCGCGUACUGAUCGGGUUGCGCCAUUGGAGUUCCUCAACAGAUUGAGGGUCGGACACGAGCACGAUGCUCUUCUUUUCAAUGCAUCCCGCAGCGAUGCUCUUCCGAUGUCUGCAAUCAGAGCUCUCGUGGCGAGCGCGUCGCGCGGCUUCCUCACGAAGUCAAAGAGGGGCCACCGGAUCCUCCGGAAGGUGGCGGGGCUCGUGUGCCGGUGUGCCAAGAAGGAGCUCGGGCCCGUCGGCCUUCUCUGGACAAAGGCGGCCUGGGUUGGGGGCCUGCGUGCAGCUGUGGCAGGGCUCGAGGGUCUGGCGAGCACUCCAGAUGCGGGCCUGCAAUACGUCUUCGAGAAUGUUCUAACGUCGAUCAAGCAGGCCCACCUUGAGGGGCUGCAGCAACCAGCAAGCGCCUCCCAUGAAGCUCACAGGACCACUGCGAGCCCAACGCCCGCGAGCCCUGCUGCCACGAAUGAGGCCCGACCCCCAGCUGGUGGCGCAUCUGGGAAAGCGAGGAGAGGGAGGGAGGAGCUGGCCAGCUACCUCUUUGGGGACGAAGUUCCACACGGCUUCCUCUGCGGAGAAUGCAGCAACCCCGCGACCUUUGCAAUACGCGGGAGCAGGGCAGGGAGCAACCUCCAGUACUUCUGUGGUGUGCAUCGCGAGGUCACGGGCUGCUUCAAAUUCGAGAAAACCCGGGCAGAAUGGGCACGUGACCGUGUAGUGUACGGAUUGAAGGCAGAGCUGGCGCGAGCGCUUGACGAGGAGUCGCUUCUGAGAGGCAUUCGGGGUUGGGACAAAUGGCAGGAAAGUGGAUACUGGGGAGAUGCAACACCAAAAAGCAGAAUCCUGAUAGUAAAGCUCCUGAUCAUGGGCGGAAUCGAGAGCAACCCGGGAUGGUCACCGUCAAAUGAAGCUUGCCCGGAAGGAGAGCGUCCUUCAGCAUCAGGAGGAGACGCACCAGCAUCUGACGGCGGCGGCGCUGCAGUACCGCAUCCUCUUCAUGCCGCGACCAUUGCCCCUGAAGCCCUGACCGCACUUGCGGAGGUGCGGAUGGAUUUGCCUGCAUCCUGUGCGAGCACAAAGAGGCCGCUGGAGCAGGUGCUUCCACAAGCAGGACCGUCGGGGGGGAGGAGGAGGAGACUCUUCAAGGUCUCGGAACUCGCGAGCAGAGCCCAAGUGGACCAUGCUGCAGACAACGUGGACGAACCAGCUCCUGAUGUCCGUGCACGGGAAGGAGGAGAGCUGGAGGAAGACCUCGGUCAAAGGUCCGAGCGGGGUGCGGGGAGCCGGCGUGAUGGGCGCAAGGCCAGGAAGGACCGAGUGGUUGCCGCGUUCUUUGCGCACUGCGAGCAGCGGAGAGCUGCAUGGGCUGCCCACGAAGAAGAGGAGAUCGAGGAUGGCGAGGCCCAAGAACGUGAGUCCCGUCCCGGAGCUGCACAUCCCAAUACUUCCCUCGAAGACGUGCCUCUUGGAGGAGAACCCCGGGCGCAAGCGGAUGUCCCGCUGCAUGACGUGCACCGGACAAGGGCUGCUAUGGAGUUGACGGCGGUCGCAUCUGCUGGAGACAUUGGGUUAACGAACGAGGGCGGCGAAGCAAGGGCGUCGACGUCUGCGGCGCCAAAGACUGGUCGGCCGGUUCAGAAGAAGCGACGCAAAUGCGCGAAAUCGAAUCCGGUCCUCAGGGACGAGGCGGCUCGAGAGGCCGGCGCGACUCAUGCACGGUCCCCCCUCGCGCUGGUGACGGACGCUCCCAUCUCAAACGUCGGGACCCUGGUCGACCGUCUGAAGGCCAAGCGGGACGCUGAAGAGGCAGCCGCGCGAGAGGAGCGGCUCAAACGGUAUGGGCGCACGCAACCCCUAGGGGUUCCACGUAGGACGGGAGAUGCCUCGGCCCACACCAUGGACCAGGACUCGAGCCCCUCUUCCCCUCUGCGCUCUUCCGUCCUCCCUUCCCAGGGUGAAGACCCCGCCCCGAGCGCAGCGCAGCCCCCCACAGCAGCCCCCUCUCCACAGGUCGUGGAAGACGAACGGGCCCCGCCGUCGCCGCCGGCCGACCAGCCGCCUGUGGAUGUGGAUGCGGGUUUGCCUCCCUCCCUCUCGGAAACCCAUGAUGCGCCCCCCUUCCCCGCUGGGCGCCCACCCUCUCCGCCCCCCGCUGACCAGCCCCAGGAGCCCCUCGUCAUAGCCCCGCUCCCGGAAGAAAACCCACUGCCCGAGGUCCCCGGUCAGCUCCCUUCAGUCACCCCUUCCCCUUCCCACGCCCACCAGGAGCAAGCGCUUGCGUCCGUCGACCAGGGGCUUGCGCCUGACCUGCCAAAUCAGCCCUCGGCAACGGAGGCAAGACGACCCACUGCAGCCGAGCCGUCCGUAGAGCCGUCGUCUGCGCUUCCGCCCACCGAGCCACUCACGCAGCUGCCUGGGGAUCCCCCUCAGGCUGCGUCGGUCGAGGACAGCGGGCCCGGCUGGUUGAAGAAGCUUGAGUUGGCGCUCCGGCAGCAGCGAGCGAAGGGCCAUGCGAUCGUUGUGGCUCAGGACAUAAACGAGGAAGGGGCAAAGCGCUGGGGCAGUUUCAAGGACGUCGCAGCCCUGGCAGCGUUUCGGGGGCCGCUCGCGCGACCCGCUCACCUGUAUGAAGUCAUUCAGGACGACGCCCGCUGGCGCGUCUACUUUGACCUGGACUUCUCGAUCGCCACCGAGGAUUUCAACGACUUUGAGCGGCGCCUGGCAGCAUUCCACCUCGUCAGAGACCGGUUCCUGACCUCGGUGCUCAACGUUCCCAGGGGUGCGCUUCGUUUUCAAGCGUGCAAGGCGCACGGGCCGGCGCGGCCCCCGAAGCAGGGUUUUAAGUUCAGCGUGCACGAGGUUCUGGAGGGGUUUUAUCUGAGGGGAUCGGACGCCAGGAGGGCGUUCGGGAAGGCCUUUGGGUCCUUCUUGGAGGAUCCCCCAGACGAUCUGAAAGCGAGUGUCGAGCUCAUGCGGAAAGUGGGCGGGUCCGACUAUAUCUGGGACGGAUCGGUCUAUGGGCGGCGCCGUUGCUUCCGGUUGCUAAGGUCGUCUAAGUUUGGGGACAAUUUCCGUCCCCUCGUCCCAUUGGAGGGCAGCUCCGAGGCGAUUGCGGACCACCUGGUCUGCUUGUACUCGGAAGCGGAAGUGGCUGGUUCCACCGAGGUCAGCGCCGCCCUCCUCGGGGAGUGGGCGAUCGCGAGGCCUGCCCCCCUGGCCCCGCCCCGCGUGGGGCCCUUCCGACAGAGGGCGCUCACCCUCGAAGAGGCGAGCACCUCACAGGGCCCCGGCGCCGAGGACCUUUCGGAGCAGGAGCGGGCCAUUCUCCUCGCCCGCUACCAGGAGGACCACGCAGGGGCCGAAAUCAGCCGGGUGGUCCAGGAGCGGCCGGUGGUGUUCUUCGUUCUCUUCCAAGCGCCGGAGCCCACGUGCUGCAUUGCGGGAAGGCGUCACACAUCCUUGGGCAACCAGAAUCCGUACCUCAUCUACAGAAGGAACGAGCCGCGCAUCGCACGCUAUCAGUGCUUUGCAAACAGCUGCAGGGGCGAGUGCCGGAUGCUGCCCCUGGACAUGCUCACCACGUUCGGCUGGACGGAAGACUACGAGGAGAAUCUGGGAAUGCGACCCUACCCCGUCUUUGAGAUCGAGCACGUCCGCAAGCGGACCAUGCUGAUUUCCGCCAAGAAGGGGGUGGGAAAAUCAAAAGCGUUCAUGGAUUGGGCAGUGGCCAUGGUCGGGAAGAAUCCCGGCCUUUCUUUCCUCCUCAUCGGAGCUAACAUCUCUCUUUCCCGAAAGUAUCACCAGGACUUAGUCGACGCGGGCGUGAAGGACGUCGUGCUCUACCAGGAGGCGCCUCCGGGGCCUAUCAACGGUCCCCGUGUCGUCUGCUGCAUCAACUCUAUCCACCGCGUGCAAUUCAAGAUGGACGUCGUGGGGAUGGACGAGAUGGACAUGGUGCUCACGAACCUCAACUCCGAGGUCAUGACCCAACGGGGCAGGGUGCUGUCCUGCCUCGAGGCGUUCGUGGCGGGCGCGAAGGUUGUCAUUGGCAUGGACGCCAACAUCGAUUGCGCGCGGGUCAUGGAAUACCUCUUCAUGGCACGCCCGGAUGCGGCUCUCCACACCAUUCGAAAUAGAGGCUUGUAUCCAGCGGCGAGGCGUGCGACCAUCCGGGUCUUCUCGCAAGCGAGCGAGUCGCUCGAAUGUAUCGGCACCGCCGUGCAGGAUGUGUUGGACCGUGUCGCCCGAGGCACGAAAGUUGUUUGCCCUUCGACCUCCAAGCGCUUCGUGAAACACCUUGAACAUCAUUUCAACGUCGAGUUCCCGCCCGCCGAGCCCCAAAAGCGCGGCAUCUUUCUUCAUGCCGACAAGAGGUCGAAGGCCGAUGAGGACUUCUUCCAGAAGGCAAUGGCCGAGCCAGACACCUUCUUGGAGGCGGACUGCGUGGCCUUCUCUCCAAAACUCGGCCCCGGCGUUUCAAAAGAGAAGCCGUACGCCGAGGAGACGGUCGCUUUCGCUCUUAACAGCCUCAACGGGCCUGAUGUUGAGACGCUUCUCCAGCAGCACGCUCGCUUCCGGACGGUCACCAACUCCACCAUCGACUACAAGCAGGUGGUCUCGUCAGCAGUGGAUCUGCCGCGCUCUACCGAGGCGGUCUUCCAGGCGAUCGAGCGGGACGACAGACAGAUUGUCAAGAUGCUCGGCGACGCCUCAGGCUUCCAUUUCCUGAGGGGCUCGCGUGGCAUCUGUGACCGAUCCUCAGCGAGCUGCGUCUUGUACGCAAACAACAUCCUCGCAAAGGUGGAAAGCUAUCUGGAGUUCGUGCCGAAGCUGAAGGCCGACCUAGAGAAGCAGGGCUACGAGGUGACGGUUGAGCACAUCGAACCAAGGGGCAACCUUGGGCGUCCACCUCCAGAGGUGCCUCUCGGCUUUGAUCCGGACCCAGAGCUUCUGAAUGACGAAGACUGGCGCGCCAGAUACAUCAUCAACGUGGACCAGUACGAGCGUUUGUGCGAGAGGCCGGAGGAGUUGAGUCAGAGGGAGCAGCUCCAGGAGUAUCUGCUCGAGAUGGUUACAAAUGAGUACAAGGUCGACCCUAGGCGGGUUGAUCACAGCUUCUACCUUCGCUCCUGCGCUGAUACGGACGAAGCAGAGAAGACGAAAGAGGCUCACGCAAACUACCUUAGAUUUCGUGAGCACCGCUUCGCCACCCUCGCCGGCGAUCUGGACAGAGCGCUGGGCCAAGUCAACGAGUUCGGCGUGGUCCAGGAGUACGUCAAGGUCGUCCGCGACCCCCUCAACCGCGUGCCGUUUGCGGCCCGCAUCCUUGCCUUCCUAGUCGGUUGCGAAGAGGAGCAGCUAGACCAUGGAGCGGAGCUGUGGGAGGUCUCGGAGGAAAGCGUGCAGGCCGCCUAUGCGAGGUUCAUCGGAUUCAGCAAAGAGCAGCUGAAGACCAUCUUCAACCUGUACGGCUUUGUGCAGCAGAUCUCCAGGCGCUCCUCAAAAACGGCCGAAACAGGGAACAAUGAGAGAAAGGCUCAAAAGCGUAAUGCAGUGGGGAAAGUUCUUAGAGCGGGCCUCGGAGUUGAGCUCCAGCUGGCAAAAAAGAGCAACAACAAAUUCAUCUCUCCCCACCUCUUGACGCCUGCAAUCUAUAGGGGCUUGCAUGAGCGAUACGGUUCAUACGAUCCAGGAGUAGGGGCUGCAGAGGAGUGCAUAAUUAGGUUGUAA